CAAAACAGCAAGAAGAAAUUGUAAGACAAGAACUUAAACAACUAAAACAAAAAGAAGAAAAUCUACAACAAGAAAUACAAGAGCAAAAGAUACAACAACAAAAAUUGCAAAAGGAAUUUGAAAAUACGAAAAAGAAAUUGGCUGAACAAGAAGAGAAGAAUCAUACAAUUGAACAAAAACUUAAACAGGAAAACGAAAAGUAUCAAGAAAAACUACAACAAGAACAACUAAUUAAAGAGAAUAUACAGAAACAGUUAAAUGAGCAACAAUUAGAAAUGGACAAAGCAAAGAACACCGAAAAACUAAUAAAACAACAACUUGAGCAAGAAACACAGAAAAGUAGAGAUUUGUAUUUGGAACUGCAGAACCAUCAACAUGAACAACAAAAACUGAUCAUUGAAUUAAAUAGUGUUAAACUGCAAUUGCAGGAACAGAAAGUGCUAAAGAAUAAAGAUGAACAAAAUUUUAAAGCAGAAAUGGAGUUAUAUCAACAACAAUUACAACAAGAACAGGAGAAAUGCGAAAAACUCAAAGAAUAUUAUGAGAAGUCGGUAAAACUGCAAAACGAUUUAGAGAAAAAUAAACUUGAACAGUUCGAUAUGCAACAAAAACUGCAAGAAGUUUUAAAACAAUUAAAAGAAAAAGAUCAAAUGCUGAAAACGGAAAUGGACAAGAAAACAGUUCCCUUUGUUUUAUUGAAUUUCCAACAGAAUCAAUGAAAGAGAAAUAUCUAAAAUGGAUUUUUUAAAUUUUUUUGUAAUUUUUCUCAUUCUAUUCA